AUGGCUAUGUCUCACUCUUUCAUUCCUCUGGGGGCUUGUAGUUAUGGUGAUCUGUACAAACAAGGAUAUGGACUUGCAAACACAGCACUAAGCACAGCUCUAUUCAAUAAUGGAGCUACUUGUGGUGCUUGUUUUCAGUUAUUUUGUGUCAACGAUCCACAAUGGUGGAUAAAGGGCGCAAAGCCAAUCACAGUAACCACAACAAAUUUUUGUCCUCCAAAUUCCGCCCAGCCCGGUGCUUGUAACCCACCGCUAAAACACUUUGACUUAAGUUAUAAAAUGUUCACUUCUAUUGCCUACGAAAAAGGCGGUAUCAUACCCGUUAAAUAUCGACGUGUUUCAUGUGUGAAACAAGGGGGUGUUAGGUUUGAGAUUAACGGAAACCCUAAUUUCUUGUUUGUUCUGGUGUUCAAUGUUGCCAAUGCUGGUGAUGUUUCUUGUGUUAGUGUCAAAGGGUCUAAGACUGGAUGGAUUCCCAUGAAGCGCAAUUUUGGACAAAAGUGGAAUAUUGGAGUGAAUUUGGUAGGAAAAGCUUUGUCAUUUCAAGUUAAUACAAGUGAUGAAAAAACUUUGGAGUUUUAUUCAGUUUCUCCUUACAACUGGCAAUUUGGACAGACUUAUCAGAGCCAGGGUAAUUUUUAG